CGAUAGUCCUCUAAUACUCCAACAAGUACACAGGUAGACUCCGUUUCAGAUUUCAUCCCCUAAACCCUCGCAAAAAACAAUGGCAGGAAGAAAAUUCACCGCCAUUUCCUUGCUUAUGCUGAAUCUGCUCUCACUUUUGCCGCUCCUCACCAUCUCCUUCUCCCAUGAUCAACCAACAGAUCGUCGCAUUUUAGUCCUUCUCGACGAUCUAGCCCUCAAAUCCUCGCAUUCAAUUUUCUUCACCUCAUUACAGUCCCGUGGUUUCGACCUCGAUUUUAAGCUAGCGGAUGACCCUUCAAUCGCUGUCAAGCGAUAUGGGCAGUACUUGUACGAUGGGCUUAUCCUCUUCUCGCCUUCCACUGACCGGUUUGGAGGGUCGUUGGAUUUGGAGGGGGUUUUGGAUUUCGUUGACUCCGGGCAUGACUUAAUUUUGGCCGCGGAUGUCAGUGCAUCGGAUUUGAUCCGGAGUGUUGCUGCUGAAUGUGGGGUAGAUUUUGAUGAGGAUCCCUCUGCUAUGGUUAUCGAUCACAUUGGAUAUGCUGUUUCACAAAUUGAGGGAGACCACACACUAAUAGCUGCUGAUGAUUUUGUUCAAUCCGAUAUUAUUUUGGGAAAUGCAAAGAUCGAGGCCCCUGUGCUUUUCAAAGGGACUGGGCAUUCACUUAAUCCAGACAAUAGUUUGGUUCUGAAGGUUCUUUCAGCAUCUUCUUCAGCAUAUUCAGCUAAUCCAGCAUCCAAGUUGUCAAACCCGCCGUCGCUUACUGGAUCUGCUAUCUCGUUAGUUUCAGUUGUGCAGGCUAGAAACAAUGCACGUAUUAUUAUCUCUGGUUCUUUGGACUUGUUUGGCAACCGAUUGUUCAGAUCAGGAGUGCAAAAGGCUGGGAGUUCAUACAAAUAUGAGAAAUCAGGCAAUGAACAGUUUGUCACUGAACUUAGUAAAUGGGUCUUCCACGAGAGGGGUCAUCUGAAGGCUGUCAAUCUUAAGCACAACAAGGUUGGAGGAACAGAUGAACCUUCAAUGUAUAGGAUAAACGACGACCUGGAAUUUUCUGUUGAAAUCUAUGAGUGGACUGGUGCUAGCUGGGUACCAUAUGUUGCAAAUGACGUCCAAGUGCAGUUCUACAUGAUGAGCCCUUAUGUCUUGAAAACCUUAUCUACUGAUCUGAAGGGACUCUAUCACACUUCUUUUAAGAUACCAGAUGUUUAUGGAGUUUUCCAGUUCAAAGUUGAGUAUCAGAGGCUUGGAUACACUAGUCUCUCACUUUCAAAGCAGAUUCCAGUGCGACCCUUCCGACACAAUGAAUAUGAAAGAUUUAUAACAACAGCUUUUCCCUAUUAUGGAGCUUCAUUUUCUAUGAUGGCGGGAUUUUUCAUUUUCAGCAUUGUGUACCUUUACAACAAGUAGGAACCUCGAAUAUUGCUUCGACUAUGAGAUAAUUGUUGGACUCUAUUUCCUGAAGUCUUGUUCCAUUUCUGGGAAGAUGAUGAAGGAUUUUUAACAUUUACUUCUAGCAAAAGGUGUAAGCUACUUAGAUAUUUCAGAGCAUAAUUUUGAUUGUACUAAUCCUCCAACAUCUGCUAGAUAUUCACUGAUACUGUUGUAAUGGCAGUUUCUUAGCUGAGUUAAUGUAUUUUACCGUUUUGGCACUUGUGUAUAUAAUAUGGUAAAGUUGUAGACUUUUAGACGCGGAAAUACUGAUUUAAGAAUAGUUUUAAUUCCCUUGUCAA